GGAGCGGCGGAUUGUGUUGCGUGUGCUUUGCGGGAAAGCGGCGGCAAAGUUCAACGAAAUGGCCACGGAACGUCUGUUGACGGCCGUGGUGUUGUUUACGUGCAUUGCAAUUGAAAUAUCCGCCGAUUCGUACGUGUCAGAGCCUUCGCUAGGCGUCUCGUUUGAAUUCAAGCUCCAUGUGGACGCCGGUAAAGAGGAGUGUUUUUAUCAGAACGUUGAGGCCGGGUCGUCGGUCUACGUGGCCUACCAGGUUUUAAGAGGUGGUGAUGGUCAAGCCGGGUUCGCAGUAAGGCACCCCAAUGGCAAUCAUGUCCUACCCUAUCAGUGGAGGCCUUCGGCUGAAUAUGAAGAAACAACCUCAACUGGAGGGUACUACGAGCUGUGCAUUGAUAACGGCAUGUCCCACUUUGCGGCCAAGCUUGUCAGCCUCUAUUUCAAUUCCUUCAAGAGGGACAAAUGGGAGUCGUAUGUACAGGAGCUCGAGUCCCUCGGUGUCACGGUGGCCAACUUCACCGAUACCUUGCAGAAGGUAGAUGGUCAGGUGGGUGAGAUGCUGAAGUACCAGGACCAGAACAGGAGGCACCUUUCACGAGACUGGUACAUUGUGGACGGCAACAACCGCUACGUCCAGUACUGGUCCCUCGCCCAGUGCAUCGUCAUUAUGGCCACUUCAGCACUGCAGGUGUACUUUGUGCGGAAGCUUUUCGAAGUGAAGAACGUCACACCAACGUUCAAGCCGCGGGCGUGAGCCGUGACGGCUGAGCCUCUCAUCGUGUGUGCGCACGGUACGUGACGUACGUUGGCUCCUCUUGACGUGGUCAGCAGCCAGUUCCAUGCGUUUAUUUCCAUUGCUGGCAUUGUAACAGACGAGAAAGCUUUCUUAUCGGAGUGAGUGACUUGUUGCCUGCCUUGGCUAAAACUUUGCAGUCGUGUGCAUAUCGGAACCUGCCAAAUGAAAGGACCUUUCUGGCGGGAAAGAGUGGAGAGGUCUUUGGCCUCUCACUCCUGCCCGUCAUUUUUAUACGAGACGUUGCACAACCUCGCGUUGAACUAAACUGAAAAGGUAAACGAUGUGCAUAUGUGUGUGCCGAGUUGACGUGUCCUGUUCCAAUUUAGAUUUAGUCCUUUUGUGUUUAAAAAGCCUGCAAAAGUUAGCGUGAAUCUGUGUCAAGGUCACCGCUUUUGGUUCUUAAAGCGAGCAACAUCAGCGAAGAAUCUGCACUGUAUUUUUGUAUGUGCCACUUCCUCCCGGUACACCAAAGCAUGUGCAAUGAGAAGGGAUGGUCUAUCCCAGCCCCUACACUCUUGGAUGUUGCUCUGCUUGACUUGCUGUGUUGACUUCUGAGAACAGAGGGUAGUGCUGAUCCUUGACCGAAGUACUAGUCGCUCUGCUUCACUUUCCUCCGUGAUUUGAUUCCCACAAUGAAAUGCUCCAUCAUCACUGAAGGACUCCGCCAAUCAAGUGCCUUUGAGGAGGCACUGAAAGUGAUUUAUAAUGAAUUUGUAGCCCAGAAAUUCCUGAAGAUUGUUAGCAAAGCACACAGACUUAUAUCAGGUUAGGGGAUGGCUCUGUCCUGAACACCCAAAGGUCGAGGCAUGGCAUCAAGUGGAGGAACGUCAUAGCACCCGGGCGCAUAUGGCCAGGCUUGGAACUUUUCUUUUAGAUCAAACAGUAGUAAACUUACUUUUUACUUGAUGCGACAUGCACUUUUUGCUACAUUGGUCCAGAAAGCAGGAAACCGAGUAGUGGAAAUGAGUAGUUCCUGGAAUCUCGCGAGCUUUGUCCAGUUAUCUCAGCAUGGCGAGUGGUUCUCAACAUGUCAUGACGUGGCGUCAACACACUUGCCUGCCUAGUUUAUUGACGGAUUAGAUUUUUACCACUAAUGCGCGGCAUAGAUUUACCCUGUAGAAGAGCUGAAGAUGCGUAACAGUGAGCUUCCAUAAUACCUCAAACUGGUGAAGAUCUAAGUGCACCAUUUUCUUCUGAAUGUUCACUGUCUUACCCGUACAUAUUAUUGGAGCUAUGUUAACUCCAUACCUGCCAAAGCAAGAGCCAGACAAUGUUCACGAUGAGAUGGACCAGAAUUUCCGAUGCAGAGGACACUCGUGAGCUUGGGUAGUAUUCGUCUUGACAGGUCUUUUCUGUAAUUUGCUACGGAUGUCGACGUUCACUUUGUUGAGUGAGAAGUUGGGCUAAACCAUAGUGCACUCCACUCCCUGUCCUGUCUAUCAACGAUUUGUCUGCAUCAGUCUUGUCUGUAGACACUUCACACUUCAGGAAUACCAGAACGUUUUUAAGUUUUACCAUGAGGACCAACUUGGUAAGCCUAAAAAAGAGAAAGAAAAAGAAAUGUGAGGGAUGGUGACACAGCCUUGAUGUUUCCACAAACUGCAUUGUAAAAUGUGACAGUGUCUUUUCAGUACAGGCUAAUCAUUUAUUGAUAAACAAGGAUUGCACUGCAUGUUAAAAGAAGGAAAGGCUUGACUUGAAAAGCGUUGGCGAUGGUCCAUACGCAAAUAUGACACAAAGUGUGCAAAAAUACUUUGAAAUUCCAUGGCAUCACACUGAUGUACUGGCACUGUGCUGUACAUGCAAAAUUCAAAAAUGGAAACCUUGGUUUACAUUUUAUCCAUUAGUUAUGAAAUGUCUUCUUGCCAAAUAAAUGUAAUAUACUAAACAAUACUUCACCAGGCUUUUGGUAUUAGCCUUUAGGUGGCCCUAUAAGCAGGAAUCUUUAGUUCGGUAGCUCCCAUCUAAAUAGAUGGAAACUAAGAACUUGCUUUUCUCAGCAACUAUUGCACUGAUUUUGAUGAGCAUUGUUGCGUUUAAAAGAAUUCAAAGCCUAGUAACUGCAGGAAGUGUAUGUUCUAUUUGUGGCAUAUAUAUUUUAAGAAAAAGUUAUUGAAAAUUGCAAAAUUUAAUAAAUCUCUGUAACUCAGCAGUAAAGAAUGAUAUCACAAUUCUAUGAACUUCACCUAAUACUAAUGCAUCUAAAGCGGACACUAUUGAUGUAUUACAUGUUGCUUGGAAUCAUGCUGCUAAUCCGUGAGUAGGACUUUUGCAAAACCCUUGUAAACAUUGUAACAGUUUUACGUAAGCUGUAAAUGCAUACAUCAAAUUUGUCUGCUUUAGAUGCUCCAACAGAUGUAGUUUACCGAGCGGCAAUAUCUGUUUUUAGUGCAGAGUCAAUGGAUUUGUAAACUUCGUGCUUCAAUUUUAUUUUUAACUGUUACCGAUUUUUGAAAAUUCUAAUUUCUAAAUUUUUCUAAAUUCAAGGUCCUAAAUUAAAAUUUUGCUUCCUGGAGUAGCUAUAAUUUGACUUUCUCCCUUGAAAGCAACAAAUUUCAUUCAAAUCAGUCCAGCAGUUGUCUCAUAGUAGCAUUUCUGCGUUUUACAUGUAAUUUGAAUGUAUGAAAAUCGGAGUUAGCCCCGAGAUGUAGCUUAGCUUCCCCUCAUCAAGUGUUAACUGCACGUUAACUGUGUUGCAGCUUGGCCUCUGUUUUAACUUUAGGUGGAGCGCACCCCUUCAGAAAAUGCACUGAUUAUUUGUAAAUCACGGAGGCCUUCUCAGUCAGUGCCAAAGGUACACGUUUUUUGGGCUUUUAACUCUGAGCAGGAUGGAUGUCUGCCGAACCUAUACAGGCCCAUCUUUGCAUUUUAGAAGUAGGUUACUCAAGCGCAAAGAAAUAUUUUCACAUUUUAUGUAACCCUCUUUUUAAAAAGCACACUAGCUUUUGCACGAAAAGGCUUCUACCGAAAACAGAUUGUGAUACAAUGAAUGCUUCCAACUGCUUGACAGGCCAGCAAUGCUUUGCUUCCAACAACUUCUGUCAAACACAUGUUUUUGAACCCCCCCACCCCUGCCUUCCGUUUUCCAUUAUUUAGGGGCGAAGCUCCUUAGGGUCGAGCCUUGUCCGCCGUCGCGCCGCUGUAGCCACGCUAGUACUCGCCACUCCCGCUAGAGGCGCAGCUGUGCUCUCUUUCUCUUUCGUUCCCGACACGCGCUCUCUUUCUUUCUUGUCCGUAGCUAGGGGUGCUGCAGUGCACAAGAGCGUUCGUUCCCGACGCGCACUCUCUUUCUCUCUCAUCCGUAGCUCUGGUUUACCCGAAUAAUCCCCCGGUGCUUAGCCCACUCAUCAUCAUCCACGUCAUGGAUACGCGGUGAUUUUUUUUAGUUUUUAGGUGAUGGAUACCUUAUAGAUGUUGUUGCGCUAUACGUCUGUUAGCAUUCUGUACUGAGGGUGAUAGCUUUUUGAGAUCAUGAUGUUCUGGCUAGACCUAUCAGCGCUGCACCUGAAUCACGUGGUCGUGUGCAGCAAUGCAUGUCAGGUAUGUGUUUGAUGAUCGCAAGCUGUUACACUGCGGCAUUUGCCACCGCAGCCAUCGUAUUGCAAGUGAUUUCACAGAACUGUGUGAAAAGACAAACUUUGUUAAGCUGGAUUCUGUGAUUAAAAAGACAUAUUAGGGAACUUUCUUGUUCGGUUUAUCAUAGAUUCAGCACACUUCUGCUACGGUGAAUUAUGAACAGAUUUCAAAGGUCUCUCUAUUUUUGUCUAAGAGUGUACUAUCUACUGACAUGGACGAAUGAAGCCCUAACAGGAAAAUUCAAAAUCACAAGAUUACAUUUGAGGUCUGAGGUAGGGGACGUAAUAAUGGGUUUGCUUAGAACUUCGACAUGUGAUAGGACUGUUGUCUUAAUGGAGACGGCAUUUUACAUGUAUACGCAAAUCUGCCAAAGAAAUUUCGGCAUUUAGGAAAUUUCUUCGAAUUGCCCUGUCUGUGCUUCCUUUGUCCAUGACAGCACUGCGAGCUGGUGAAAGCCCAAUGGUGUGACACUCGUGUUUGAUAAGCUGCAUUUGAAUCUCAAAUGCAUUGACGCAGGCAUGUAUUUGUUGCUCAGUUUACUGUUACUUGUUUAUUUUUUUAUUUCUUUAAGAUUUGUAACACUGUGCUGGAGUCUUCUAAAUGUGCUGAACAAUUUUACUAUACUAUAUAUAUAUAUAUACACCUAUUUUGUGUGCGUAUGUGCUGUUUUGGAGUGGAUGUUGGUAAUGAAACUGGGCCAAUCUUGAGACUACACCAAUGACGAUGUGCAUGAUGGUUUUGCAAUGCUGAUUUCAGCACUGUUAUUUGUUCAACGUAGAUGCCGUACGACACUACCCGUCCGCAUAUAAAUUUUUUUUAAUACUUCCAUUCCUUUUUUUUCAUUUUUUUUGGACGCGAUUGUUCUUGAGGUUGUACAUGCCAGUUGCAUUGAAUGAAACUCAUUCCAAGGGGUCUUAGUUGGUUCCUACGCCAGAAUUGUGUAAAUGAGCACACCAAACUGCAUGUGCUGGUGUGUUGAAAAAUGUGAGACAUGUUUGAGGUAUGAAUGUGCAAUAAAUGUGGUUUUUCAUUGCCUCUCA